AUGAUUGGGUGUGGCCGCUUUUGCAUCGUUAUUAUCCCGUUUAUCCUCUCCUUACUAUCCAUCCUUCUCGCUAUUCUUGCAUGUGUAGGCUCCACUUCCACCACCACCUUCAUCGAGGAUACGCAUUUCAUACGCAUGAACUUUUCCUCCGUCGCGCUCUCUGACCUUUUUGGCACCUCUUCCCAGCUUCCGGCCACCGCGACGUUAUCAGACGUCGGCAUCAAGGAGGUCUACUCUCUCGGCAUGUGGGGCUACUGUUCCGGAAGUAUUUCCUCGACUGAUGCCUCGCACGUCGACUACACAUUCUGCUCCAAGCCAAAGGCGAUGUACGGGGUCAACAUCACUGAAAUCAUCAGCAACGAUUUAAACUCCGCCUACACCGCUUUAGCCGCCUCUAUCACCUUACCUACCGAUAUUACCGAUGCGCAGAACAAGUUCAACACUUUAUCCAAGGCGAUCUUUAUUACCUGUAUCAUCGGCAUCGUGUCCACCUUUUUGUUGCUCUUGUUCACCCUCUUCUCCUUCUGUUCGCAUAUCUGGUCCUGUAUCGCUAGUAUUUUCGGUGUAAUCGCCUUCUUGGGCUUGAUUGUCUCCGCUGCUGGCUCCACUGCCCUCUUUAUGGUUAUAAGAGCGGCCUUCAACAACAAUUUUGACACGUUAGGGAUCAAGGCCUACUUGGACAUGCCUUUCUACGCCUUGAUCUGGAGUAGUGCCAUGGGCGUCCUUUUAACCGUUCUCUUUGUGUUUAUAGGGAUCUGCUGUGGUACCACCAGCAAGUACGGGAGGGUGAAAGAGCAAAAGUAUGCCGAAGACCAGCAACCAAUGAUGGCCUACCAUCCCCACUAA